UCCACAGGCCGUCACAGAACAUUGUCAGCUUCAACAAUGGUCACAUUAUCACCACGUCCGGUGACAGCGACUGGAAUACGAUCAUCUUCUCUUCUCUUCUUUAUUAGAGCAAACUAGUCCUGAGUCUCCUCCUGACAGGUGCUGUUUCAGUUUCGUCACAGAACUCUCAAGACUCUCAGAGGGAACACGCAAGGAACGAGCAGAGACGGACCUUGCUUCAAUAAUUCCAAUGGCGACGACGUCGAAGACAGAGAAAUCGGUAAUCGUGGUCGGAAUCGACGAUAGUGAUCAUAGCUACUACGCUCUCCACUGGGUACUCGAUCACUUCUUCGCUCCUUCUGCUUCCAAUUCUCCUUUUAAGCUCGUUGUCGUUCGCGCAAUGCCCUCUCCUAUUGCCGUUGUCGGAUUUCCUGGACUUGCUGGAGCUGCCGAUGUUUUGCCCUACGUGCAGCCCAAUUACAAGCCGAUUGCAUCUGAUAUUGAAGACAGGGUGAAGGAGACCUGCAGCAGUAAAUCGGCGAAGGAUGUGCUAGUGGAAGUGGCGGAAGGAGAUCCUAGGAAUGUGCUCUGUGAGGCCGUGGAGAAACACCACGCAUCCAUAUUAGUGGUGGGCAAUCAUGGUUAUGGAGCUAUAAAAAGGGCUGUUUUGGGCAGUGUAAGUGACUACUGUGCUCACCAUGCUCACUGUUCUGUGAUGAUUGUGAAAAAGCCCAAGAUCAAGCAUUAAGCUCUUCAGAUGAGUGCAUGGAACCUUGGACCGGUGCACAUCCAUUAUAUUCUUUAAAGUUUAAAGUAUUUCCCAUAUGAUAUUAACAAUGUUGUGUCCAAGUUUUUAUUUUGAAGUGAGUAAAUUGUCUGAGUUUUCUCUCAACCAAAAAAAAAAGUGAGUAAAUUGUCGCUUGUGUAAAUAUGCAUAAAAACAGCAUGUUUGAAUUCAUAUGUAAAUAUAAGUAUAUCACUUCAGCUUUUCAUUAA